AUGGCCCCCAAAAACAAAACGCCGGAGCAAACGAGGAAACUGCUCCGCGAGGCGCGCGAGGAGCUCGACAAGGCGCAACAGCCCCUUCUCGAACAGCUAGCCCGCUGCACCGGUCCGGAGACGCCCUGGAUGAUGGCCGCCGCGGGCCGCGACGACGCGGCCGUCGCGCACGCCGAGCGCGGCGCCCAGCGCGCCGAGCUGUUGGAGCGCCGGGGCGACCGCGUCGCCGCUGCGCUCGGCGCGGGCUGGCUCGCGUCGGCGCGCUUGAGACGGGGCGAGUUCGCGGAGUGCCUGCCCGCGCUGCUCACGGCGAUGCGCGGCCUGCAGCACGUGCUGGGCCCGUCGCACGCCCAGGUCGGCGCGCUCAUGGCCGAGGCGGCCUUCGCCAAGUUCGAGAGCUGCGCCGACGACGACCGGAGCCGCGACGACGCGACGGCGCCGCUCCUCUCGGUAGCGGCGAACGUCUGGGCGGCGCAGGGGACGACGUCGCUCACGUCGUGCGUCUUCUGGCCCUUCGCUUCCCAGCCGCCCGACGACGCCGUCGACGCGGGGCCCGACGCCGAGGAGGGCGGCGGCCACGAGGAUGACGACGCCGCGGCCGUGUAUCUCGGCCGCGGCCGCUUCUGCGCGGCGCUCGGCGCCGCGGGCGAGACGCUGGCGCGGUCGACGACGCCGCGCGACCGCGCGGCGGCCUGGAUCGCCGCGGGCCGCGCCCUCGUGGGCAUGGCGCGCUACGUCGAGGCCGAGGAGGCCUUCCGCAACGCGGCCGUCGCGCGCGGCGGCCUCACGGCGAACACGUCGCCCUUCGGCGCCGUCGCCGUCGAGGCCGCGGAGACGCUCGAGGUCGACGACGACGACGAGGAGGAGAGCCCGAGGCCGCCGCGGGCCUGGCAGCCGCCGCCGCGGCGCCUCGCGUGUGCCGCCGCGGCGCUCGCGGCCGAGCGCGGCGCGCUCGCGGCGCCGGUCCGCGCGCGGGCGUUUGAAGUAGUAGGUGUGGACGUCAUCAAACAGGUCGUCGGCGCGGCCCUGGACCACGGCGGCGCGAAGACGCUUUGUUUGGGUGUCACGACCGUGCCGCUCCUGCGGGCCGCGGCGCUGCACGCGAAGGGCGCCGUCGUUGUCGCGACUCCGCACGGCGCCGCCUUGGAUCUGGUGGCGAUCUGCGCCGCCCGGAAGGCGGCAAAGGCCGCGCCGGACGCGUUCGAUGUUGUAUUAGCGCCGGCGGAGCGGUGCCGCGCGGACGUCGACGGGCUGGACCGGGACGCGGCCCGCGUCGUGCUGGUGGAUCCGCGGCUUUUUGGCGGCGCUUUGCUCAACCGGCGGCUAGUACCGCAGCUCACAGCGCUACGGCGCGCCCGCCUGGUCGAGCCCGGCGCGACCUACGUCCCCGGCCAGGCGCGGCUCGUCGUCGCGGCCGUGGCCAUAUCGUCGCCGUCGCACGACGCGCGGGGCGAGAAGCUGACGCUGAACGCCUUUGACGCCGCCGUCGCGCGGGGGCUGCGGGACGACCCGCGCGCCGUGGAAGUAGACUUGUCAGCUGUGAAAAUGAAGUGGCUGAGCCCGCCGGUCGUCGCGGUGUCGCUGGAGCUGAGCGAAACGCUGACUGAACAGGACGUCGUGCUCGACCUGCCGUGCGACGCGUUCGACGACGGCCGGCCGGCGGUCGCCGGCGGCGCGCUUGUGGCCCUGGUCUGCUGGCCCGAAAUCGGUCCCUUCGGGGCGGACACGAUCACGCGGGCACUACCCGCGUCGCUGCCACACGCCUGGACGCCCCUGCCGCGCGCGACGGCCGCGGGCCUGCGCGACGGCGUCCACUGCACCUACACUGCCGCGGGCGUCGCGUUCACGCUGGCGCGGCGGCCGGGCGCGUCCUUCCUGGCGAACGCGCUGUCCCUGCGCUGGGACCGGGCGGCGGCGGUGCGGGACGCGCCGACGGCGAGCGCGUUUCGGGAAGCCGUGGACGUUGCCGUGCCGGAAGCGGCGGAAAGGGCGCAAAGGAGGGGCGAGUCGGCCCUGGUGCUGGUCGUUGGCGGCGACCUGGCGGCCGUGCUCGCGCUGCUCGCGGCGCGGGCCGCGGCUGGGCGCGCCGUCCGCGCCACAGUCCUGCUCAUGGCCCGAGACGCGCGGCUCGCGGCCGUCGCGCGGCGGCUCGUGGCGGAGAACGGCGUCGACGGUGCGGUAGGCGUGCACGUCGAGGUCAGGGUCGGCGACGCGGGUCGCGACGCCGCGUCAGUCCUGCGCGGCAGGCGUGCCGACUUGUUGAUCAUGGAUCCCUUUGACGACCGCGGCGCGCUGAGGCGGGACACGCGCGCCGUCGCGGCGGCCUGCUGGCGCGGCGCGCUCCGCUUCGACGCGAAGGUCGUGCCCCGAAGGUGUCGCGUGCGGUGCUGCCUCGUGACCGACGCGGGCGCGAACGGCGACUGGGCGCGCUACGGCCUGCCCUCGUUAGGAGCGCGCCUAACCGAGGCCGUCGACGUCGCGGACGACGACCUGUGCGACCGCGCGGCAGUCCUCGCGGACGACGAAAGCCUCGCGCCCACGCGGAAGGUCGAGCUCUCCGUCGCACGUUCGGGCAUCGCCGCCGCCGCGUGCGUGUGGGCGGUAGUGCACUGCGGCGCCGGAAUCUGCCUGACGACGGCGCUCGACGGCCUCGGCAUCGACGUGGCCGCGGCGACGCACGUCGCAUCGCGCCGGCCCGUGGAUUUGCGGAUAUUGGCGCCGAGGCGCUGCGUGAAGAACGGCGUCGAGCGGCUGGCCGUCUCGAGCGGGCGCUUCGCCUGGACCGACUCCUCGCAGACGGCGCCGGCGGACGCCGUCUGGCGCGUCCUGCGGGCGCGGCACGACUCGCGUCGACGCGAGUUCGUACGGGCCGCCGGGGAGGAGUCGCCCCGUGGCGCCUCGCACUGCGACGCCGUGUAUGCGCUCGAGCGCGAUCCCGAGUACCUCGCGGCGGGCCACGCCGUGGCGUACGAAGCCGCGGCCGCGCUCGCGGCGGAGCUGUCGGCGCCGCGGCCGAACUUCGAUCUGGUGGGCGCCGACGUCCAGGCGACCCCCGAGGCGACCGCGCAGGACUGGGGCUGUUCCGGGGCGCCGCCGAUCCCGAUCAUCGGGGGCGACUCGUGCGCGAUAAAUUAA